UCCGCUCUCCCCACUUUAAACCCUCUCCUCCCCCGUGGAAAAUCUCCCCUCUCCGAUCCUUUCCCAACGUUACCGGGCAGGCGAGAGAGUCGAGACCCGGGCGCCCCCACAAACCUGCCUCCAUCCAUUCAACGCCCUCUCCGGCACUGCGCCGCUCCCUCGAUCCGCCCCCAAAUCCAGCUCUGCUCCCCUCUCUAAACCGCCACCUCCCCCCCUCAUCUUUUGCCUCCGGCUGCAGAGAACUCCCUCUCCAUCGCCGCCGCGCGCGCUUCCCUCCCCGCCAGUCAUCUUCCCGGGGAUUAUUAUUAGUAUUACCUGGCCAGGCUAAGCGCACCGUGAUUACCAGAGGCUCGGGUUGAUUUAUGUGUCAUAAACAGCCCGAGCGCUCCUCAGUCUCUCCUUGCCUCUUCCCAGCCUCUCUCCACGGGAGAAAGUUAUCCCAGCGUGGGAGACCCAUUGAUCUAGCCAGCUUUCUCCGUUUGCUUGCUGGAUCCCUCUCAUCUAGGCACAUGGAAUGAUGUGGCGCUUAUUCUAGGCUUUCCUCGCGGAGCUGCCUGUUUUAUUUUUAUUAUUUUUUUUACAAAGCUAGAUGUGUGUUAUAGUGUACAGUAUAGCGAGGAAGAGCGAGCCCUUUUUAUCAGCCCCCUCUCUCUCCACCCCUGCCUCCCUCCCUCCUUCCCUCCCUCCCUCUCCCCCUCCCUCCUUUUCCCUCUCUCCCUCUCACUCUGUCUAAUGUGCGAGCUGGAAAGCUUAUAAAAGCCUGAUGUAAUCCUUAAUGCAGCCUCUGGCUACAGUAUAGACCGAGUCUAGUUACAACCGAAAGAACCAGGAGAAGGAGACCGGGAUCCAAGAGCAGGAAGCGCAAGAGAUCCUGGGAGGAAUUAAAAAAAGAGGGUUUCAGAGGCACCGGAUGGAUCUUGGCCUCCCCGGGAAAGAAGACUUUGGGGGGAGGAAAGCAGCACCCCAAAAGCUCUCAGCUGCUCCAAGAAGACUUCCUUCUCUCCUGGUGGAUCUAAUCCCGCCUCGGGUUCCUUUCUUUCGUCUCGAAAGUGGGCUUUGAGAUUCUCCCAUCGCUCAGGAUUCCUGCGCCCUUUAUCACCGCCGUCGCCGGUCAUUAUUAGCGAUCAUAUUUCAUUUCCAGUUAUUUUCUUUUUUUUGUACCCCAAUACCAAAGGGGGUGUGAGAGAGUGAGUGUGUGUCUGUGUGCACUUUAAAUUUGGAGCAAAGUUUGGUGUGUGUGUGUGUGUGUGUUUAAGAGUGGGUUGGAAGGGGGGGAAGCAAAACGACACCCCCCUCUCCCCGAAAUCCUUUUUUGACUCAUUAGCCAAUGGCCAUUUUCUUACUUCUGGAUAUGUGGAUGCUUCCCAUUUGGAAUUUGAUCCGGCUGGGGGAAACGGUAUAAUUUCGUGGAUGGUCUAGAAAGGUCUUGCUUGCCUCGGCCACAAGGAGGAGCCCGAAUCCAAACAUGGGACGGCUGGAUUGAUCUCAUGUAGAGCCCGGGGCGAGAACUCUCUCAUUUCCUCCUGUUAUGUCCAAGAUCUGCCUUCUGCCUGGCCAUUGCUUUGAGUUCCAAAGGACGAGGGACCUAGGAUGAGGAGGAGCACUGGAUAUACCUUGAACCUGCUUUUGUUAUUGCCACUUUUCUUUGUGUGGACCGUAGUGGCGCUCGACCUUGGGCAGUCUCCGUGCACCACUCUGGUCCAGGGCAAGUUCUUUGGCUAUUUCUCCUCGUUUGCCGUCUUCCCGUUGAACUCUUCCCGCUGCUCUUGGAUUAUCCAGAACCCUGACCCCAGGAGGUACACCUUGUACAUGAAGGUCUUGAAGCCCACCGGUGGAUGCGACCACCAGCAGAUACGGACCUACCAGUUUGACUCCUUCUUGGAGUCCACGAGGACGUACUUGGGCAUGGAGAGCUUUGACGAUGUGCUGAACCUCUGCGACAGCUCCACCCGCUAUGCCUUCCUCCAGUCCAGCAAGCAGUUCCUCCAGAUGAAGCAGACCGCGUCCGCCUUAGAAAGCGGGCACGUCCGGUGGAAGCCGGCCAAGGUCCAGGAAAGGGAUUUCUCUGUGGAAUACCUGGUGGUCGGCAACAGAAGCCCCAGCAAGGCCGCCUGCCAGAUGCUGUGCAAAUGGUUGGAUACUUGCUUGACCACCAGCAGCAGCUCCCACCCUUGUGGCAUAAUGCAGACCCCCUGCACUUGCUCCAGCGGAGAGGUACUAGACCAGCCCAGCGAUAUCCUGGGCUUCACCAAAAAGAGGGACGAUUGUUUCAAAGAUGGGAUUUACUUGGAGAACUGUGUGAGCAGCCCAAAGGACAGCAGUGGGCUGGAUUUCUUGGGUGGUUGGAACCCCUGGUCACUGUGGGGAGAAUGCACCCGGGACUGCGGAGGAGGCCUGCAGACUCGCACCCGGACCUGCCAGCCCCUUCCGGACGAUGGCAUCAUCUGCGAGGGAGUCUUAGAAGAAGGCCGGCUGUGCAACAGGAAAGCUUGCAACCCCAAUGGACACUACAAUUCCCGAAGCCAGUCACUGAGAUCCACAGAUAACCGGAAGAGAGAUGAUGUCGACGACAUGCAACAGUAUGGGUACCCUGCACCUCAAAUAGGUGACCCAGCUGCUGAGGAGUGGUCCCCAUGGAGCGUGUGUUCGACCACCUGCGGGGAGGGCUGGCAGACUAGGAUGAGGUUCUGUGUGUCGUAUUCCUACAGCACCCAAUGCAGCGGGCCCCUCCGGGAGCAGCGGCAAUGCAACAACUCGGCCGUCUGUCCAGUCCAUGGGACAUGGGACGAGUGGUCUCCGUGGAGCCUUUGCUCAUCGACCUGUGGCCGAGGGUACAGGGAUCGCACACGGACCUGCAAACCUCCUCAGUUUGGCGGCAACCCUUGCGAAGGACCCGAAAAGCAAACCAAGUUCUGCAACAUCGCACUUUGCCCCGGUCACUCAGUGGACGGCAACUGGAAUGAAUGGUCGAGCUGGAGCUCCUGUUCCACCAGCUGCUCCAACGGGACCCAGCAGCGGACGAGAGAGUGCAAUGGGCCGUCGUACGGGGGAGCCGAAUGCCAAGGACACUGGGUGGAGAGCCGAGACUGCUUCCUAAGACAGUGCCCAGUGGAUGGGAAGUGGCAAGUGUGGGGUCCGUGGGGGAGCUGUACCGCCACUUGUGGAGGUGGAACGCAGAAACGCGACCGUGUCUGCUACGGCCCUUUCUAUGGAGGAGACGCAUGUCAAGGACCCAAAGAGGAGUACAAGCAAUGCAACGAGAAGAGAUGUCCAGAGCCCCAUGAAAUCUGUGACGAAGAUAACUUUGCUUCUGUGAUUUGGAAGGAGACUCCAGGAGGAGAAUCUGCAGCCGUUCGAUGUCCCCGGAACGCCACAGGGCUGAUCCUACGCCGGUGCAUGCUGGAUGAAGACGGCAUUGCCUAUUGGACCCUUCCAACAUAUGUCAAGUGUGUUUCCAUCGACUACAGGAACAUCCAGAUGAUGACAAGAGAUCAUCUUUCAAAAGCCCAGCGGGGUUUGAUAGGGGAAGGGGUGUCGGGUGUGUUGCAAAACCUGGUGGAGAUUUCUCAGGAUGGGACCAGCUACAGUGGGGAUCUGCUCUCGACCAUCGACGUACUCAGGAAUAUGACCGAGAUCUUCCGAAGAGCUUAUUACAGCCCCACUACUGGUGACAUACAGAACUUUGUCCAGAUAAUUAGCAACAUCCUGACGGAAGAUAACCGAGACAAGUGGGAAGAGGCUCAGCUGAUGGGACCGAAUGUCAAGGAACUUUUUAGGCUGGUGGAGGACUUCAUUGACGUCAUAGGAUUUCGUAUGAAGGACUUCCAGGAUUCCUAUCAAGUGACUGAAAACCUGGUCCUCAGCAUCCAGAAGCUCCCUGCCAACGCAGCCAAAGACAUUAGCUUCCCUAUGAAAGGCUGGCGGGGCAUGGUGGAUUGGGCCCGCAGUGCAGAGGACAAGGUCACUGUUUCCAAAAGCAUCCUGUCCACGGGGGUUUCAGAGACAGAUGACUCCGCUGUCUUCGUGGUGGGGACAGUACUGUACCGAAACCUGGGUGGGAUCCUCUCCCUUCAGAGAAAUACUACAGUUCUGAAUUCCAGAGUCAUCUCUGUGACUGUGAAACCAGCUCCCCGCUCACUGCUCACCCCAAUGGAAAUUGAGUUCUCCCAUUUGUACAAUGGAACUACCAACCAGACCUGCAUCCUAUGGGAGGAAACUGAUGUACCCUCCUCCUCCUCCUCCUCCUCCUCUUCGUCUCAGCUUGGCGCCUGGUCCUGGCGUGGCUGCCGAACAGUCCCGGUCGAUCCUUUCCGAACUAAAUGCCUGUGUGACAGAAUCUCCACCUUCGCCAUCUUAGCCCAGCUGAGUGCCGAAAUGAACACAGAAAAAGUGCUCGUCCCUUCGGUCACGUUAAUCGUAGGCUGUGGAGUGUCUUCCUUGACUCUCUUGCUUUUGAUAAUCAUAUACAUCUCAGUCUGGAGGUACAUCCGUUCUGAACGUUCCGUCAUCCUUAUCAACUUCUGCCUCUCCAUCAUAUCUUCCAACGCUCUCAUCCUGAUUGGGCAAACCCAGACCCGGAAUAAGGUGAUAUGCACCUUGGUGGCCGCCUUCCUUCACUUUUUCUUCCUCUCUUCCUUCUGCUGGGUGCUGACCGAAGCCUGGCAAUCUUACAUGGCUGUGACGGGCAGGCUGCGAAACCGCAUCAUCCGCAAACGCUUCCUGUGUCUUGGAUGGGGCCUACCUGCCUUGGUGGUGGCCAUCUCUGUGGGAUUCACGAAAGCCAAGGGGUACGGCACCAUGAACUAUUGUUGGCUUUCUUUGGAAGGAGGUCUCCUUUAUGCCUUCGUGGGACCAGCAGCGGCUGUCGUUUUGGUGAACAUGGUUAUUGGUAUUCUGGUAUUUAACAAACUUGUAUCGAAAGAUGGAAUAACAGAUAAGAAACUGAAGGAACGGGCAGGGGCAUCGCUGUGGAGCUCCUGUGUGGUCCUACCUCUCCUGGCCCUCACCUGGAUGUCAGCAGUGCUGGCCAUCACAGACCGCCGGUCAGCCCUCUUCCAAAUUCUUUUCGCAGUCUUCGACUCCUUGGAAGGCUUUGUCAUUGUGAUGGUCCACUGCAUCCUGAGAAGAGAGGUACAGGAUGCUGUGAAAUGCCGAGUGGUGGACCGCCAGGAAGAAGGAAAUGGAGAUUCCGGAGGGUCAUUUCAGAACGGACAUGCUCAGCUCAUGACUGAUUUCGAGAAGGACGUGGAUAUGGCUUGUAGAUCAGUGCUAAACAAAGACAUCAGCACUUGCCGCACCAUGACCAUCACGGGGACUCUGAAACGCCCGUCCCUGCAGGAUGAGGAGAAGCUGAAGCUGAACCACCAGAAGGGAUCGUCCAACUUCAACAGUCUUCCAGCCAACGUCUCCAAGAUGCACCUCCAAGGCUCCCCGCACUACCUGGGCGCCAUCAACCUCAACGACUUCAGCAAUCACACCCUCACUCUGAAGAAGGACAAGAGCCAGCCUCCAAAGUCCAUCUAUAUCUGCGACGGGGACAUCUUCAAGAAGCUGGACUCAGAGCUCUCUCGGGCGCAGGACCAAGCCAUAGACACCAGCUAUGUCAUCCUGCCCUCCAACACCGCCACCUUGAGGCCGAAGCCUCCGCCGCCUCCGCCGCCCCCCAAGGACGAUACAAAAUACAGCAUCAACAUUGACCAGAUGCCCCAGACGAGGCUCAUCCACCUCAGUAUGGCCACUGACCCAGGUUUCGUUGUCAAGAGCCCUCCAAGGGAGCCUGUGGUCAUGGGCUGUGGGGAGGCUCAGGCUUCGCCAAUGUUGCAGCAGCAGCAGCAGCACCAGCUGUCGCCUCCGAUGGUUAACAAGUCUGGUGACUCACAGAUGCCAAACAGCUUGUGUGACACGGGCGAGUCUGGCAACUCUGGCAUGGUGUCCAAGAGUGAGACGGUUUCCACCCUUUCCAUGAGCUCCCUUGAGAGACGGAAAUCCCGGUAUGCAGAGCUAGAUUUCGAGAAAAUCAUGCACACGAGAAAACGUCACCAAGACAUGUUCCAGGACUUGAACCGAAAGCUGCAGCAUGCAGAGAAAGAGAAGGAGUCCCCAACAACAGACAGCAAGCAAGAAAAACAGCAGACACCAAACAAGAGACCCUGGGAAGGGAUCCGGAAGGUCCACUCCCCGCCGGCGUGGGUUAAAAAGGACAUGGAGUUGGUGUCACAGUCUCCCUUGGAACUCAAAACUGUUGAGUGGGAAAAGGCGGGCGCCACAAUCCCCCUGGUGGGACAGGACAUUAUCGACCUCCAGACAGAGGUCUGA